CUCUCUCUCUUUCUCUCUCUCUCUCUCAUCAGUCGACCAUCAUUCACCUGUCUGUACCAGGGCGGCCGCGUCUCGUGUCAGCUCCAACUCCGAGAAGUAUCAUAUGCUGUCAGGCCAGGGCUCAAACUUCAGAGACAUCGCCAUCCGGACCACCCUUGCACCAUAAUAUCAACUCAGCUCAACUCAACCGAGGGCCUGAGGCAUGUCAUUUGACUGAUCCUCUCACUCGCUCACUCUCACUCUCGCCCACACACACACACUCUCUCUCUCUCCCGGGGUCCAGCUGCCAAGAUGGCCAUAUCAUCUCUUUCGAUGCCGUCAACUUCGUGCAAUGAGCAGUACCGCACUCAGGCCUGAGACGGAGUGUGGACAUUGGCAUACUCAUAGUCUCAUACUGACUGCCAUUGAUGACACCUGCUCCUGGCCUGGCUACCGACCAACCCGACAACCUCAGGCAACGGAACCUUCGCGGAUCGCCCGGUAGCGCUGACGGUGUGAGCCUGUGAGGUACAGUAUGUGUGUGUGCACAUACUCCACCAAGAUAACCACUUUCUGCUCAGGAUGAUGGAUGACCACUGAGAUCGGGCAUGGAGGUAAUGUAGUAUUAGACAAUUACCUUGCCUCCUUGCCUCCUAGGAGGUAGACUGCUGAGUUGCAUCUUCCGGUUCCGACUUACGAGAGCACAGGCCCGGCAAUUGUUCUUUUUGCAACUGCCGAAGUCUCCAAGGCCUGCUGCAAGAUCCCAUGAACACGUGAACCUUUUGUGAACUUCGGCACUUCACAAUUCCCUACAUACACUCUCCAGGAGGCGCAACAGACACUCUCAACAUGUUCGCCAUCAUCAAGGAUCCCGCCCUGAAGCGUCGGGGAUGGCGCGGAUGCUGUUGGCUCUACUUAUAAUAGUUUGCAAUUGCCAUCUGCCGGUGCGCAUACUACCCGUCAAGCAUUCGGGCCCAGGCCAACCAUAUAGGUAUAAAAGGUAAGCCAUACACAUAUUCGUGUCAUCUUCCUUUCCAAGAGACUCUCCGCGAAUUCAACAUGCUCGCAACCGAAGUGCUCAGUCUCCUCUUGGCCCAUUGGGUCUUGGUCCUCCUCUCUGGCCUUGCUGUCUUCCUCAUUCGGAAUAAAUACUACAACGGCCUGCACAAGUAUCCCGGCCCAUGGCUGGCAGCCUACACUAACUGGUGGCGAUAUUUCGACGUUCGAGCAGGUCACCCGGAGAAGACACAUAUUGCACUGCAUCGGAAACAUGGCGACAUUGUGCGAUUGGGACCCAAUGUGUUGUCUUUUGCAGACCCUCGAGUGAUCAAGACCAUCUAUGGCCUGAACAAAGGCAUGACCAAGUCAGACUUCUAUCCUAUUCAACAGGCAGUGGCAAAGGGAGAACGACUGCAGUCACUGUUCAGCACACAAGAUGAAGAUUACCACGCCAAGUAUCGCCGCUGCGUCAACAACGCCUUUUCCAUGUCGAGCAUGGUGGGCUACGAGCCACUGGUGGACUCUACGAUGAAUGCCUUUAUUGAACAAACUCGCAAACGAUAUGCCGACUCGGGCCGCAGCUGCCGAUUCUCGAAAUGGGUGCAAUUCUUCGCAUUCGAUGUCGUCGGAGAGCUGACAUGGAGUAAGCGCCUGGGCUUCGUGGAGCGCGAUGAGGACGUGGACGGAAUCGUUGCAUUUGUGGGCGCUUUCCUCGCAUACGCUGCCCCCGUGGGCCAGGUGCCCUUUAUCGAUCUGAUCUGGGAGAAGAAUCCGCUCCGACUCAAGCUGCAGAAAUGGGGAGUCUACAAAAAAGUCUUCGCCGUGACGAAAUUUGCGCUGGAACAGUCUGCAGACCGAGCAGCAGAAAUGGAAAAGAUCAAGCAGAAUGGCCUGGUGGACGAGCAAUCUGGCCGGCCCGUGGACCUUUUGAUGAAAUUCACCCAAGCCCAGCACGACCACCCACAAUUCAUGACCGACAAACAAGUUCUUUCCUCUUGCACGAGUAUGAUCUUCGCCGGAUCGGAAACCACGGCCAUCAGCUUGAGCAGCGUCUUCUACCACCUCAUCAAACAUCCCCGUGUCUACCACAAACUCAUGAAGGAGCUCGACGAAGCCGCACAGAACGGCAUCAUCGCCGAACGCGAAUACGCCAAAGUCAGCUGGUCCGAAGCCCAAAAACUCCCCUAUCUCGACGCCGUCAUCCAAGAAUCCUUCCGCAUGCACCCUGCACCGGGCCUCCUCCUCGAACGCGUCGUCCCACCCCAAGGCAUGGAAAUCUCCGGCGAACACAUCCCAGGAGGCACCAUCGUCGGCUGCAACCCCUGGGUCGUACACCGCCGCCCCGAAGUCUUUGGCGAAGACGUCGAUACCUUCCGCCCGGAGCGAUGGAUCGAAGCCUCCACGAAUCAACUCAAAGAAAUGAAAGGUACCAUGUUGCAAUUUGGUUCGGGAGCGAGAACGUGUAUUGGGAAAAAUAUUUCUCUCCUCGAAAUGUAUAAGCUCGUUCCGACAUUUUUGCGGAAUUUUGAGGUUUCCAUGGCGGAGAAGGAUGGCGAGUGGAGUACGAAGAAUGCGUGGUUUGUGACGCAGGAGUUUCACACGAAAAUUCGACCGAGGACGACGACGACGAUUGCUGCGCAGAGUGGAUGAUGUUUAGAUACCUAGGCAGGGCGGCAACUUUUUUUUACGUUGUUUGUGAUAAAGAAGAAGAAGAUCAAGAAGAG